GCGCCCUGAGGGACGGGCGAAGUAACGUCCCCACUCCGCCGCAACCGGCAGCGGGGAUGGAAGCUAUGGCAUCUCGGGAGGCUUCUGAAACAUCCUUCUUCAGCCUGAGUGGUGUAAGGGAGCGGAUGCGGGAGAAGAAAAACGGUGCCUUGAGGACUGCGAAGUUGAAUGCCUCGCUUGCAUCAAAAAUCAAAACGAAAAUCAUUAACAACUCCUCCACUAUUAAAGUCUCCCUUAAGCACAACAAUAAAGCACUGGCCCUGGCCCUCAAUGCGGAGAAAGCCAAUGCACAGCGGCUCACCCAGGAGAAGACCAUCUUACAGAAGGAAGUGGAGCAGUGCCACUUCCAGAAUGCUGUGCUGCGGCACAAGCUCUCCUUCCUGAAUAACACCUUGAAAGAACUUGAAAACCUUAUUGCUGCAGUUAAGAUGGCCCGGCUGUCUGAGUUCCAUACAAGUUCUGCAUCCUUGUCCAAUGGCCAGAAGAGCAGCAUGACUGAAGAUAGCUGGGCUGAUGAUAUUGCAGAUGGUCAGCUUGUGAGGGCUGCAGGGAUGCCAAUGAGGGUGCCCAUUUCCAAGCUGUGUGAUGCAGGACAGCAAGGUGGCAGCUCCACAGCAGUACAGACAUCCUCACUAGAUCUUCAGAGACCUGCUUCUAAUGAGCCCCCGGAAAUUGUGCCUGUUGCCUCCAAAGACACUUUGCCACCACAGCCUGCUGAGAAGCCUCAGUCCCACCAGGAAGAGAAUGGGAAGAAGCCAACUGAAGCAAUGGAAGCGCAAGAGGCUUUUCUUGACUCUUGCAUCUUUGGAGAGGCCUUGUGCACCACCCAACAAAAUCCCAACAAUUUGCCAGUGCUUGCCUGUGAAAGUCAUCCUCUUUCGUAUGAGGGUGAUCAGAUGGCAAAACAUUUCUUCGAUCGUCUGUCACAAGGGCAUGUUACUCAGAGGAGAAAGCGUUCCACCCUGUUUGCAACAAGCACUCCAUCUUCUGGUGUGGAUAUCUUUCCAUGUGUCAGUUCCACUCAGGCAGCUCGGUGGAGUAUCACAAAGGACAGCAGCAGCUCCAGUAAGAGUGACCCACAGCCACAGCUGAAAUCUCCCAGCUCUCUGGCUUCACCUACUCAAGCCAGUGUUAUUCCUGAUAGAAAAUCUUUGGGUAAAGAGACUUUCUGUGAUCAGCCACAGGCUAAAGGAACUGGGUGUGGUGUUGAAACAGACCCCAGCUAUAGCCAAGUCCCUGAGUUUGUUCCUGUAAAGGUUAAAAGCAGAGAUAAUUGUAAAACUGGUGAGAAAACAACUGUUAAAAAAACAAGCACAGGAAAAAAGAAAACAAAUGCAAUUAAAAACAGUGCAGAAAGUAGUCCUGAUCUACCUCAAGGUGAGGAGAGUGCUCAAAAUGCAAAGAAGCUUCUUCAGCCAAAAGUUGCAACAUGCUCUAGUGAGUCUGAAGUUUCUGAGAUGAGGCAGAAGGCUUGCGUGGGGGCUUUUGACAGGAAGAACAGAGGCUGUGAUGUGGAGCAACACUCCCGCUCUCCUGAUGAAGUCCAAGAUCUCAGAAGAACAUACGUGGUGACUCCAGCACAGCUGCACAGUCUUGGAAGUGGUGACUUACUGCAACAGGUUAAGAAGGAAGCUGUAUUUGAGAUCCAAAGUAUGGAGAGCUUGUCAAAAAGCCCAGUUCGUACCUUCUCAAGUCAUGAAGUUCCCUCAGAUGAUUCCAGUCUACAAAAUUCACUUUUCUUGAGGAAAGAGAACUCAAGUGCCUGUGCUUUGCAAAAGGGCUCAAGUGUGAGCACAAAGAGCAUCAGACAGAAAACCAACAGAAAAACUAGAGUAAUUAGGCAAAGAGAUGACUCUGAGGAGGAGAAUCUGCCAAAAAGCGUGAAAAUACCAGAGGCCAAAGCUGAGGAACAGUCUAAAGGAAGCCAGACAAGCAGGAAGAAGACUGUCAAGAAAAGCAGUUGUAGUGAUCAGAGAAAUGAAGUUGAUGUUUUUGGGCCAUGUAUAGAUGUUCAAGGAGUAGCUAAGGAGAGCACAGAGGAGUCACUAGGUAAUCUUAAAUGUAGCAGGAAAACUUAUGUUGUCCGUCCUUUGGAUCUUGCAGGAAACUUGGGUUGUGUCCAGACAGAUUUUGAAGGGGGUGAAAUUGUACCUCCCAGGACUAUUCCUGGAAGCAAAGCUAGCAAAAUCCCCAGAGUUCAGAGGAUGGUGGCUGCUCAGAGCAAUAAAAGACAGACAGGGGGCCUUCAGGAAAAGGGGCAAGCUAAAGUUGACAACAACAUGAAUGCCUCAGAAAAAGAGGCCUAUCCCAAACCGAAGCCUCAGAGGAAGAGGAACACCUCUAGACCUUCAGAGACUGAUUCCCUGGCCAGACAAAGUGAUGGUGCCAAGGCGCUCAUUGGAAGUUCAGCAGAAAUUGCAUCCAAGCAAACUGUCCUGAUGGGGAAGUUUUCCUGCAUUACAGAUCUGCUGUCUGAGCCCGAUGCCUUCCUGGAAGAGCAGAUAGCUGAGAUACCGCUUACAAAUAAUCUUAUGGAUGUUUCACACAGUCUUGAAUCCUCCUCUGUGACCUGUUCUGCAGCUUCGCCUGUCAGCUCCAGGUUUACAGAUGUGCCAGUUUCCAAGAGCUUAAGUACUGAGGGCAACAGAAUGCCAGAGAAAUCCUCUGUUUGGCCAGAAAGCUCCAUGAUAUUUAAAGAAAAGACUGCAGAGGAAAUACCUAGGGAAAGAAACCAAGUUGAGUCAAGUUCUCAGACCUCAUCUUCACAGGAACCUGAGAUCAGGCCACUACAGGACUUGACCAAUGCCAGGACUCUGUCUUCCUCCAGCUCGGAAGAAGUGUCGAGGCGCUCAUUCAGGCAGAGACGGGAGCCAGCCUGCUAUGCAGAGCCAAAACUCAACAGGAAACUGAGGCGGGGCGACCCAUUUACAAACAUGGAGUUCUUCCACUCCCCUCCCCACAAAACCAAAAAGAAGAAAACUGCCAAAGCCGAGGAAAUGACCAAGAAGAUCAAAGAGGAAAAAGAAUGGCUUCCUGAAGAAUGUUCCAGUGCCAAGGCAGGCAAGCUAAUAACAAUGGGAAGAGACAUGGAGUCAGAAAUAAAAUAGUGGUUGAACAGGCAGCCUCCAAGCUCCUAGGGGCUUGUGCGUCUGCCAGAGUAUCUCUAAUGUUUUGCAUAGCUUAUUUUUUAUUUUAAAGUAUAAAUAAAGUAUUCUAUGUG